AUGGACUUUCUAUACCGCGCCGUUCCUCAUCGAAUCCGCCGCCUCGUCUCCAACAAGGCCAAGGAAGGCAAUGGCCCAGAGGACAGCUACCGACUCCGGAGGAUGGAAUCCCAUGCCUCCAUGUCCGUAACAAAGCGCCGGCGCAUCUUCCUCAACCUCACCCCAGAGUCCAUCGAGAGCGACCUGGACGCUCCCAACGUGUCCUUGCCGCAUUACCCGACCAACAAAGUCACCACCUCGAAAUACGACCUCUUUUCCUUCAUACCCAAGAACCUGUUUGAGCAGUUCCGUCGUCUCGCCAACCUCUACUUCCUCUUCGUCGCCGGACUCUCUAUCGCUCCUAUUCUCGGAGGAUUCGCACCCUUCCUCACCUUCCUGCCCCUCAUCUUCAUCAUCACUGUGACGGCCAUCAAGGAUGCCAUCGAGGACUGGAAACGCAGGAAAUCUGACGAGGCCUUCAACAACGCCCCCACCAUCCUCCUCCGCAACUGGACAAACACCAACAUCAGCAGCAGCGGUUCCAGCAAACUACAGGCCAUCCAAUCGGCCAUCAGCGCUUUCUUCCUCUGGAAAAAGCCCAUGGCCAGGGGGCCUGGUCGGGCGGCCGCCAUCAAUGCCGCUGCUCAAACAGCCACCACGCCAAGCGGACGCUCAGACCAAAACUCUUACUUUGACGGACACUCGGGCCACGGCGAGACAACGGACGAUCAGGAUUCUGCUGGCAGGCCUGCUCGACGCAUUCGUCGUAACAUCCCUCACUCUGUCUUGAACCACACCGAAUCUUAUUCAGGAAAGACCAAUGGAGCCAAGUGGGAUGACUGUAUCUGGCAGGAUGUCAGGGUGGGCGACAUUGUCUAUCUGAAGAACGACGACCCUAUUCCUGCCGACAUUGUCAUUCUCUCAACCUCAGAGCCCGAUGGCCUCUGCUUUAUCGAAACAAAGAAUUUGGACGGAGAGACCAAUCUUAAGAUUCGUCGUGGACUGACUGCUACCAAGGGACUCCGGACACCGGCUGACAUUGACAGGGCAGCAUUCUAUGUGGAAUCAGAGGCACCUCACGCCAACCUCUACUCUUACCAAGGAGCGUUGAAGUGGCUGAUUUCGGAUGGUGCAGACAUGCCAGCGCAGGAUCGUGUUGUCCACAACAAAACCGAGUCAAUCACCAUCAACGAGAUUCUGCUUCGCGGAUGCGUCUUGAGGAACACGGAUCAUGUCAUCGGCAUGGUGCUCUUUUCUGGAACGGACACCAAGAUCAUGUUGAACUCGGGAGAUACGCCCAGUAAACGCAGUCGUAUCGAAAAGGAUCUCAACUUCCAUAUUGUCAUGAACUUUAUCAUCUUGUUUGCGCUCUCCAUCGGAUCUGCUAUCGCCAACGGUGUUAUUUUUGCAGACACAUCCAACAACUCUGCAACAUAUUUUGAGUUCGGAGCGGAUGCCUCGACCCCCUUCAUGUCUGCGUUCAUCACCUUCUGGUCGUGCUUGAUUCUAUACCAGAACAUUGUCCCCAUUUCCCUGUACAUCAGUAUCGAAAUCGUCAAGACGGCUCAGGCAUACUUCAUUCACAAGGAUAUCGACAUGUACGACGAGCGCGUCGAUCAGGCCUGUACACCAAAGACCUGGAACAUCUCGGACGAUUUAGGACAGAUCGAGUACAUCUUUUCCGACAAGACCGGCACUCUGACCCAGAACGUGAUGGAGUUUCAAAAAUGUACCAUUAACGGAAUCGACUAUGGUGUGGGCGAGACCGAUGCGACUCGUGGACAAAAGAUGAGCGGUGACGGAGAGUUUGAGCCCAUGGAGUUCGAAUCGGACGAGGACUACCUUAUCAAGCUUGGUCAGGAACGUCUCAAGAUGAAGGUGGCCAUGGACCAGCUGUUCGACAACAGGUACUACUCAGACAAGACGACGUUUGUCGAUUCCGAUCUCUUUGCCGACAUGGCCGACCCCACCUCCAAGCACGCCAAGGCCAUUAUGAACUUUUGGACUGCCCUUGCUGUGUGCCAUACCGUCAUCACUGAGCGGGAUAUCGACGUGGACCCAUACAAGAUCGAGUACAAAGCUCAGUCGCCCGAUGAAGCUGCGUUGGUUUCGACAGCCCGCGAUGUCGGAUUCGUAUUUCUGGAGAAGAAGGGUCCCAUCAUGAAUCUGGAGAUUAUGGGUCAGCCCCGUUCCUACAAGGUCUUGAACAUCCUGGAGUUCAACUCGAACAGGAAGCGCAUGUCGAUCAUUCUGCGACCACCAGAGGGAGGAAUCGUUCUCAUCUGCAAAGGAGCCGACAGUGUGAUCUACGAGCGUCUGGACAAGACUGAUGAGCAGAGCAAGCUUCGUGAGGAUACUCUUGUGGAUCUGGAGCGCUUCGCUAACGAAGGUCUUCGUACUCUCUGCUUGGCUUACCGCAAGAUCAGCGAGGAGGAGUACGCCAACUGGGUUCUCGACUAUGACGAGGCUUGCAACACUAUCCAUAACCGCGACGAGAACAUCGAGAACGCUUGCGAGGGUAUCGAACACUCGUUGAUUCUGCUUGGAGGAACUGCUAUCGAGGAUCGUCUCCAGGAGGGAGUUCCAGAGUGUAUUGCCCUCUUAUCGCGUGCUGGAAUCAAGCUCUGGGUCCUCACAGGAGACAAAACCGAGACCGCCAUCAACAUUGGAUUCGCCUGCAACUUGUUGCAGCGCGAUAUGAUUCUCAUCAUCAUUCAGGCACAGGACAAGGAGGACACGCGGGAGCAGCUCAUGAAGGCGCUCGACAAAUUCUGGGGUCGUGAGGCUGACAAGGAUCCGUCCCUCGUCAACAAGACUCACGCCCUGAUUAUCGACGGAGAAACCCUCAAGUACGGACUGUCCCCUUCGCUCAACGGAUUACUCCUAGAUGUCAGCAAGCGAUGCAAGUCUGUGAUCUGUUGCCGUGUCUCCCCUCUACAGAAGGCCAAGGUUGUCAGCAUGGUCAAGCGUGGUCUGGAUGUCAUGACCCUGUCAAUCGGAGAUGGAGCCAACGAUGUGUCGAUGAUUCAGGAAGCCAACAUUGGAGUCGGUAUUGCCGGGGAGGAGGGCCGUCAGGCUGUCAUGGCUUCGGAUUUCGCCAUCGCUCAGUUCCGUUUCUUGUCCAAGCUCCUUCUAGUCCACGGACGUUGGUCAUACAUUCGAAUCUCGGAGAUGAUCUUGACCUUCUUCUACAAGAACGUUGUCUGGACCUUGACCAUCUUUUGGUUCCAGUUCUUCUCUGGGUUCACUGCCCUGCUUUUGUUCGACUACACCUUUGUGGUCCUGUACAACCUGUUGUUCACCUCAUUGCCAAUCAUGUUUAUGGGCGCCUUUGACCAGGAUGUUGAUGCAAAGACGUCGAUGCAAUUCCCCGCUCUCUACCUCCGCGGCAUCAAGCAGAAGCACUUUACCCGUAGCAAGUUCUGGCUCUAUGUCUUGGAUGCGCUCUACCAGUCAAUCGUCUGCUUCUUUGUCCCCUGGUACCUUUCGAACGACGUCUACGCAAGCGGCCGCAGCUCCAAUGAUUUGGUCGCCCUCGGUACCUUGAUUUCUGCCUGCUCGGUCGUCGUCGCCAACCUGUAUGUCGGUCUGAACAUGUUCCACUGGACCAAGAUGAUCUUUACCGUGAUCUUUGGAUCUAUCGUCGUGUUCUUCCUCUACUGCUGGGUCUACGCCAACUUUUUCACCAUCGACAACGCUUUCUUCGGCAUGGACGACAUCAUCCUCAACAGUCCCGCAUUUUGGUUUGCGAUCGUAAUGUCAGUGAUCUUGACUAUGUUGCCCCACUACGUCUACAAGUUCGCCCGCCAGUACUUGAAGCCUAACGACAUCAUCAUCGUCCGUGAGCAGCUUUACAGGGAGAAACACCCUUCCAAAAAGGAGCGUCGCGCCAGAAAGCUUAAGGCUAUGGCUAUCCGAGAGAGCGAGAUGAAUGGCACCACCAGCAGCUUCCAGGAUCCAGGAAUUACCAGCGGCAACCAUGUCUUGGGAGACGACGAUUUGGAGGACGAUUUGGAUCAGGUCCCCGUUAUCCGCCAUUCACCCACCAUUCUUUCGCCUGAAGAUCCCAACGAGCAGAAGCCUGGGGAUAUUCGCCAGCGUCAGCCCUCUCCCUCGCCCAUGUCUAGUUUGAACAGGAUGGAUGAGGCCUACCACCUGAAGGUCUCAUCUGAUAGCUCUGGAGUCGCACCUUCAUCACAGUUUCCCCAGCGUGAGCUGACAGGGCGGAGACGAGUUGUCAGCAACAACAACGCGGCUACUGGACCUUCAACAGCUGAUCAGGAUGUCUUUGGAGUUGAAAUCGCCACCCCUACGGCUGCCUUCAAGAACAACAACGCCAAGUUUGCUGGUUCGUCGGCAUCUCUGCCCAUGAACCCGGAUCUUCUUCAGCCAGACUCUUUGGAGCCACCCUUCAACCGCACGUUUGCUCAAGGGUACCCAACCACGUCGUUCUCAUUCAACCAAGAGUUCAUCAAUGCCGCGUCGGAAGCUACGGGUGGCCUUGUUGGUGGAUCUCCUGCUUCGGAGCGUCCUCGCGUCAAACGCCAGAGUACCCCCUCGAUCCCUGUGGGUGGACCCAACUUCCGUUUCAUGGGCAACGAUGCACCCGCCAUGCCAGGAGCACCGACAAGCCACAAGGCUGGGCAUACAGGAUUUGCCUUCUCGACUGAUGAUGCCUCUGCCUUCGUGUAUUCGCAUCUGAACCGUGUGCACAGCGCAAGUAAUGACGAGCGGACGACUGCAGCCAAAGCCAAGCGAGCGUCUCAGAUGCACUACGGCGGCAGGAACAGUAUUGAUGGCAGCGAGUUUGGAUCUGGCUCUUUUGGAGGAUCAGGACCCGCCUCUCCAGUCACAUCUGGGCCGUCAGGCCGUGGACCCUUUGAGGGACCUUUUGAUGGUUCGGGGACUUCUUCGCCACCUCCUCUUGGAGAUACCACAGCAGUAGAGUCGCACAAACGGGAUUCGUUGUCUAGGCGGCCGCGCGGACCGAGUCGGUCUAUCACUUCGCCUGAUAUGCCUGUUGCAGAGCUGGGUGCGAUGUUGUUGCAGCAGCAAAAGGAGAUGGAGCAAGGCAUGGAGCGUCUUUCAAAGGCUCAGGCAUCAGUGAGGGCAGCCGCCCAGCAGCGUCAGAGUAUACAGAAGGUGCGGUUCCAGGGCACAUCCGACAGUUUGCCUGACCUCGGGACCGGAUCAUCCUCAAUGCAACCAUUAGAGGGCCAAACUGUAUCAUUACCUUCAACAACAGCGGCAGCAUCAGCAUUGGCACCAUCAUCAGGAUCAUCGUGGCCAACCCCUGAAGCCCCGAGGCCGCCAGGGUCCUACGAGUCCAGUUCUACGAGACCCAAACGCGACUGA